GGCCUUCCUGCGGGCUCGCCAGAUGAACGUGGACAUCGGGACGUGGGUGAGGCUGCUGCGAAACGCCAUUCCCACCUCCAACAACUCAGGAACCUACAGUCCUCACGCACACAGCCUGACUCUUAACUCUGGGGAGGUCUCAGUGGAGAAGUUGAGUUUGGACAGCGACUCGCCGAUACGAGGCGAUUACAAGAGAGACGCGGACACACACACCCCGGACCGACCGCCUGUCAUUGAGCCCUUCUCCCCCCCAGACCUCACCCCUGAGGGCCCCGCCCGAACCCCGCCUGUCAGCAGUAAGCAGAGGAAAGGUCCUCUGUCUCUUCAGGACUUCAGGCUGAUCGCCGUGUUGGGCAGAGGACACUUUGGGAAGGUGUUGCUGUCAGAAUACAAGAAAACGGGCACGAUGUACGCCAUCAAAGCGCUGAAGAAAGGAGACAUCGUGGCUCGUGAUGAGGUGGAGAGUUUAAUGUGCGAGAAGCGCAUCUUUGAGGUGGUGAACCUGUCGCACCAUCCCUUCCUGGUCAACCUGUUUGCGUGCUUCCAGACGUCGGAGCACGUGUGUUUUGUGAUGGAGUACACGGCGGGAGGCGACCUGAUGAUGCACAUCCACACGGACGUCUUCACAGAGCCACGAGCCGUGUUUUAUUCCGCCUGCGUAGUUCUUGGACUUCAGUUCCUCCACGACAACAAGAUUGUGUACAGAGACCUCAAGCUCGACAACCUGCUGCUCGACACGGACGGCUACGUGAAGAUCGCCGACUUUGGGCUUUGUAAAGAAGGAAUGGGCUUCGGGGACCGGACCAGCACCUUCUGUGGGACGCCGGAGUUUUUGGCCCCGGAGGUGCUGACAGACACGUCGUACACCCGGGCAGUGGACUGGUGGGGACUCGGGGUCCUCAUCUAUGAGAUGUUGGUGGGAGAGUCUCCAUUCCCAGGGGACGAUGAAGAGGAGGUGUUUGACAGCAUAGUGAAUGAUGAAGUGCGUUAUCCACGCUUUCUCUCUACUGAGGCUAUCGGUAUCAUGAGAAGGCUGUUGAGGAGAAACCCUGAGAGAAGACUGGGCUCUGGUGAAAAGGAUGCAGAGGAGGUGAAGAAGCAGCCGUUCUUCAGAAAUGUGGACUGGGAGGCGUUGCUGCAGAGGAAGCUGCCCCCUCCCUUCGUCCCCUCCAUCGUCGGCAAAGAGGACGUCAGCAACUUCGACGAGGAGUUCACCACCGAGGCGCCGACGCUCACGCCUCCGCGGGAGCCUCGCGUGCUCUCGCGCAAAGACCAGGAUAGUUUCCGGGACUUCGACUACGUCUCCGACCUCUGCUAGUGGACCUCCAGGGGCAGGGGGUUGGGGGCUCACAGACCUCGAGGAAUGUUUUAUUUUGAAGGAUUCAUGGCCGAGCGUCUCCACUGACUCUCCCUUAGUUACACUGUGAAUGAAUGAGUCUUUAUCAUGUGUGUCUGCAGACUUUUAAAGAUG